UUCGUAGCGGGCUGCCUUCCCGAACCGAAAGUGGCAUCAAAACCGGUCUGUUUGUAGUGUCCAGUGUCUCAUCCUCUCCUAUUUACCGUUAAUUUGUCACAGUUUUCCCAGCAGCGUCCACUCGGUUCGGUUAGUGUGUUUUGGAAGCGGAGAGAAGCGAACAUGGAGAUCGAGAAGGAAGUGAAAAAGAUGACGCUGGGACAUGAGUUUGGUGCGGGCGCCGCCUGCCUCAAGUGUAAAGAGAAAUGCGAAGGCUUCGAGCUUCAUUUCUGGAGAAAAAUCUGUCGUAACUGCAAGUGCGGUCUGGCGGAACACAAUGUGCAGAUGAACUCGGAGGAGAACAAAAAGGUGGGGAAGCUCUUUGAGGACACCAAGUACACCGGCCUCAUUGCCAAGCUGAAGACAGACGGCGUCCCCGUGUAUCGCGGCAACGCCGUCACCAUCACGCUGGGCGGCCCCGCCACCGCCCAAAUCGUGUUGCCGGGCACCGCCCACACCGUGUUACCUGCCUCCGUCACCGCAACAGUACCUCACACCACCGCUGCCACCGCUGCCGGUUCUGUCCCGUCUGCCGCAGCCUCGGGAGGUACGGCGUCCGUCCCGUCUGCCGCACCCUCGGGAGGUACGGCGUCCGUCCCGUCUGCCGCACCCUCGGGAGGUACGGCGUCCGUCCCGUCUACUGCAACUUCGGGAGCUACGGCGUUAGGCGGCGCCGUCCGGCCACGCCCGGCUGGCGUUGCCCCCGUCAAGGCGAACGCACCGAGCGUUUCUGUCAAUACCACCACUGCCAACGUGGUGCCUGUCUCCAAAGAAACUCCUCUCAAGUCUGUCACAUACGAGUGGGCGCCCCCUGUGGCUAACAAAUAUGUGGCGGUGCGCUACAUCGAGCUGCUCCCGCCUGAGAAACGCCCCGUGGCGGGCACUGAAGGCGCCGCCUACCGCCGCCAACAGAUGGCCCGCCAGCUGCCCGAGCACGACCAGGACCCGACCAAGUGCCACGAGCUGAGCCCGGCCGAAGUCAAACAGAUGCAGCAGUUUGUGCGCAAGUACAAGGACGAGGCCUUGGGUAUCGGUGACGUGCGGCUGCCCGAGGAGAUGGUUCUAAUCCAGGCGGCGGCGGGUCAGGGCGGCCCGGGUGCUGCUGGAGCGGCCGGACCGGGAGCAGUGGGUGUCAAGGGGGCCGCUGGAGUUGCAGGGCCAGGGUCCACGUCUGCUGGAGCUGCCGUGGGUACCACCGCUGGAGCCAUGGGCGCCCCGGGAGCCCCGCAGCAAAGCUUCUCGUGCCGCCACUGCAAUCAGCCGAUGCGCGUCGGCGACCCGGCCGUGUACGCCGAGCGGGCCGGCUACGACAAGCUGUGGCACCCGGCCUGCUUCGUGUGCUGCACCUGCAACGAGCUGCUGGUGGACAUGAUCUACUUCUGGAAGCGCGGAAAGCUCUACUGCGGUCGUCACUACGGCGACAGCGAGAAGCCGCGCUGCGGCGGCUGCGACGAGCUGAUCUUCUGUAAUGAGUACACGCAGGCCGAGGGCCAAAACUGGCACUUGAAACAUUUUUGCUGCUUCGACUGCGACCUGGUUCUGGCCGGAGAGACGUACGUGAUGGAGCAGGACAAGCCCGUCUGCACGCCUUGCUACAUGAAAAACUACGCUGUGAAAUGCUCCGGGUGCGGCGAGGCGGUGGAGCCCGAGGCUCAGCGCGUGUCCUACGGCGAGCACCACUGGCACGCCGCCCCGAAGUGCUUCAAGUGCUCGGGGUGCGCCAAGGUUCUGAUGGGCCAGCGUUUCAUGGCGGCCCAGGGACGGUUGUUUUGCUCCGUCGAGUGCAAGAAGAACACUCCCGCCUAGAUGCCUGAGUCAAGAUGGCGGGCGUGGAUUUAAGAUAGCGACGCGGCGUUGAGGUGAAGCCAUUUGUACGAGUGCCUUCAAAGUCUGCAGUUUUUUUUUUCUUCAGGUCUCAGCCAUGUAACUACUGAAAACUGCUUUUUCAUUAAAAUAUGAGUUAUUGACUGAA